AUGGCGGAUCGAUACAUCGAUGUCGCCGGCUUCGAGGCGUACGAGGACAGCGAUGGACAGGAGCUGGCACUGAAGCAACUCGUGGAUGCUUCAGUUGAUGAGGCUUUCGACGCGUGGCUGCGAAUGGAGUGGGUUGGCCGCGGCUCGACGCUGAAGCCUGGCGAAGGUCGCGGACUAGUCGGUCACCGCCGUCUCGUUUCGUUGGGUGUCGAGGAACACAUCCUCUCGGCCGGGCCACCGGACAACUCAGAUCGAAUCCCCACGGUGCGCUACAGCAUUAAGAAGAGUGGUCCGCUGUUGUUAAGCGACCAUGUGGCUCUCGUACAGUUCGUCGCGGACAGCACGGCGCCCCCCUCGCAUCCCAAGACCCUCAUUCUCUGGAACUCCAAGCUCACGCCAUCCACAAUUGGCAGCGUGCUGCUCUGCGGUGGAUCCAUCUCCCGCCUCGUGCUGAGGACGGUGUUGUCAAGUUCACUGAGCGAGAUUGCGGCGUCGUUCCAGAAGAAAUAG